AUGCAUUUCCAGCGCCAGAAGCUGAUGGCCGUGACCGAGUACCUGGCCCCGCGGCCGGCCAUCCCGCCGCGCUGCCUGGCCCCCAGGAAGGAGAGGCUGGAGGAGGACAACAGUUACGUCCGGCUGUUACAGCGGCAGGUGGAGGAGGUGUUCCGGGACAAUCGGAUGAUUGUCAUCUGUCAGUACAACUCCAUGCCCGGCGAGGACGUGGUGCUGAUGAGGCACUACCUCCGAAAGCACAACAUUGAGGUCAAGUUCAUCCUGAACGAGAUCAUCAGACCCGUGCUGUCCCAGUCCAAGUACAAGAAUCUCCUCCCUCUCUUCGUGGCGCGCAAUAUCCUGCUGGUGAGCCGGGAAGCGAAGGUGAAGGAGAUGCUGCGGGUGCUGAAGGGAGUGCCACAGAUCAACCUGCUGGGCGCCUGCAUCGAUGACACCAUCCUGAGCAGGCAGGGCGUGGAGAACUUCGCCAAGCUGCCCACGCUGGAGGUCUCCCAGGGGCAGACGGUGGGUGCCCUGGCCCUCCUGCCCUCCCAGACGUCCUCCCUGCUCCAGCGCGGCUCCGCGCACCUCGCGGCUCUCCUGGAUGAGCACAUCCGCCGGCUGCAGGCUGGGGAGACGGGGAGCCCGGCCGAGCCCGCCCCUGCCCAGAGCUCGGGGGCUCACUGA